AUGGAAAGAGAAGAAGCAAUGGGUGGAGGAGAUAGAUUGAAGAGCCAGGCGGAGGCCUUUGAGGAGAUGAUCUCAGAGGUGCCUUUUCGGUACCGUGCCGGAGAAUCAAAAUUUUCAACAUUGAAUCGAAGUCCAAAGGUGGAGAUUUCAGAAGAACAGCCCUAUGGCUUUAGUGGAAUCUUGCUGGUUCGCUUAGAAACGGUUUCCUCUGAAGCAAAAUGGAAAGCUAUAAUUCUAAUUAAAGAGGUUGAUGGCAAACCUUCAUUAAGCAGUACUAGUGCCCUAGUGAAAAAUGUUACGGAGUGGAUUUGUGAACUUUGUCAGGUGUGUACUACAAGUCAAGAUGGCCUGAAUGACCACUUGCAAGGAAAAAAACACAAACGCAAGGUGGCUGCUUUAAGAGAACACAAGGACGACAAAAACUGCAGCAUUGGUCUUUUACCAAAGAAACCAAAACUUAUGCAGCCUAUGGAAUGUCCUUGCGAUGAUCUGAUAUUCGGAAAGAAAUUAGAGGAAGAAUCGUCAACUACAAACGAUAACGAUCCACCAUCAUUGUUGACAGAUGACAGUGCAAAUGACUUGGGAAAGAAUGCAGCUGAUGAAAAGCAAGACAAUAGGGAGUUCACAUUUUGGUGUGACAUAUGCCAAAUCGGUACCUUCUCUGAAAUAGUGAUGGAGUCACAUAAAAUCGGAAAAAAACACAAACGCAAAACAAAAACUGCAGCAUUGGACAAGCAGUGUUAA